UUUUUUGAUCAUUUUUAUUCUGUUUCUUGUGUACUUGCAGAAAACUGUGUGUGUGUGAACAACUACUGUACCCACUGGACAUAUAUGGUAUCAAAUCAAAUUAAGCGAACGCAAGUUUAUUCUGGGAAGAUAUUAGGUAUACAUUCUUGUUUUGUUUCUGCAUACACCUAUUGCGAAGACUUCUUUAAAUGGCUGGAAGUAUUAAGGAUUCUAAACAUGGAAGCGUGCAACAGAAGAUGCCAUGUUUAUACCAAACUGUUGUUAUUGAAGAAGAAUCAAGCAAGCGAUCGUGGCAGCCUUAUCGUGUAGUGGCCUCGGAGAAUAUUAGACAAGCUGCCCUGGAUUCAAAUAUUUCUUCAGCAACUGGCUCUGAAAAAUUUGAUGGAACGUGUGUGUAUGUGCAUGAGUUUCAUGAAAAACCUUGGCUUUGGGCACGUCAUGAUUCUAAACCAAAUAAAGCAGCAGAUAAACGAUUCAAAAAAUUCCAAGCAAGUCACCGCUCUUGGAUGUUGCAUGGGAAACCUGAAGCAGAACCUACUUUUAAGUGGAACAUUGAUAAAGAUUUUAAAGAAAUACCAAAAGAUUGGAUUCCAGCAGAGGGAGUGAGGGUGUUAAAUGGAAGAGCCCAGCCUGAUGACAAUGGACACAUCCCAGGAUGGGUUCCCAUUGAUCCAACUCUAAGAACUCAUCUCUGGCAUCUUUCUGUAGUUGACUUAGAAAAAGGCCUCUGUAUUACUCUGCAAUCUAAAGAUGAUCAUUUCGAAAUUACUUUCAAAUGGUUAAGCGAUUUUCUUGGUCAAACACUGGAACUAAUUGGGACUAAUGUGAAUGCCAACCCUUAUGGAUUAGGCUCAAAGGAAAAGCCGAUCCACGUGCUUGUGCCACAUGGCGCAAUUGGAUUCAGCAUCCCCCCUCCUCAGGAUUAUUCCACAUUGAAAGAAUGGUUCGUAAAUGACCCAGAAGGUCAAGUUGAAGGUGUUGUAUGGCUUUGUACAAAUGGAAAUAUGUUCAAAGUUCACAGACACCAUUUGGAUUUAAAAUGGCCGAUUGAGAAAUUGUGUUUCAACAAUACAAGAGUUCUAAUCUCAACAAAAUUUGAAGAUGAAGACUAUGAGAAACCACUGUUCACAUUGCUUAAAGGUUUAAAUGGAUAUGUUGUUGACUCUGUUCAGAAUAUCUAAAAAUGGUAUUGGGAAUACUCUAUGUAGUAGACCUAUACUGACACCAGAGAAAGUUGCAUUGUUGCGCGUGUGACAACUACCCGCAACUUUCAGUAUAGAGCGCAACUUUUACAAAACAGCGCAACCUACUGCAACUUAAACACUUCAGAUCGUUUUCCAGUCAAUAUCUAUUGUAAAUUCCUUGAUAAGUCCACUCAAAGUCAGAAUUAAACAAUUUUUUUGAACGAUAUUUUUGUCUUAAAUUGCAACUUUCUCUGGUCUCAGAGUAUAGCUUGAACUUUAGGAAUCAGAAUAAAUCUUACUUAGUCAGAUGAUACAUUUCAUUUCUAUUGUCAGAUGAUAUUGAAAACAUCAAUGUAAACCAAGAAAUAUUCUUGAGGAAUACUGUUUGCUCAUGGUGUCUUAUCGCCAACAUUAUUAUAAAAGUUCCAAAGUUGUAUUAGAUUAUUCAAUUUGCUCUGCCAACAUAAUAUCCUCCCUAUCAGGACCAUUCUGCUAAGCUAUGUCAAUACAUUCCUGAAAUUGUUUUUAUAAAGCAGGAAUUAGGAUAAAGUAGAAACAUUAAAUUGAGUAUUUACAUACUUUUAAUAGGCUUUAUUCUAAUAUGAUUUCUAAAGGUGGUCAGGUUAAACCUUAUUCUUCAUCAAACUUCUGUUGCCAAAAGUAGUGUGUGUAAGAAUGUUUCAGUAAUUUAGUGCAAUCAAUUCAAAU